CGCUAUAAUUUCGAACUGGAAUAUGUACAAGUUUCGUAAUCUUUUGUUUUUAAUUUAAUCCAGUAAACUUUACUGCUUUAUUAUGCUGUCGAAGUAAGCGGAUUUGCCCGAUUUCUUUGUGUUUACUACCUCUGUGUGAGUCUGUUUUCAGUAUCCAGGUAUUGUCGUGUACCGUACCUGUCCUAUAGCAUAAAUCGAAAUUAUAACUGUUCUUUGUGCCAUAUAUGUGUCGACCUCUUCAUUCAGCUGCCUUUGGUUCAGGUCAAAGCUCAAAAACUGCAUCAGCAUAUCUUUUGUUGUUCGCGCGUGACUCGAAACGCUUACGUUAGCAAACUGAUUCAAUACUGUGUGCAGAUGUCCCAUUACCAACCAGUACAAACUAGGUAAAAGGAUCAGCAUGGAGAAUUGGCUUACCGCUGCAAUCGUCAUAGUGUCCAUAAUAUUUUUGGCAAGAUCGGACAUAAAACUUCACUUGGAGGACAAACAUCUACAGGGCCAAGCAGUUGGUCAUUCACAGGGCGUUUAUUCGGAGGAUUCCUGCGAUGAGUUUUUUUUUGGGAUGCCAUUUCCUAAAAUAAAAAGUGACCAGACUGGGUUAGUUAAGCUUUGCCAAACGCAGCAGCAUGAUGGAUACGUGGGUCCUGCAGUUUAUGCAACCUUGUUCAGCAUAACAGAUAGAAUACCUGUUUACUCAGCAGAUGUUAUAACACUGUAUCCUAACAGUACAGGGUACAUGCGACCAGAUGAAAAAUAUUGGAACAGAGUGGCUUUGGAACUUUGUAAUAUAGAUCCCUCAAAUCUUCCAUUAUUUCCUAUCUCUUCGAGAUUAGGUUCAGCAGGAAGUGACACGGUUGCAUGCGGAGCAAAUCAAGCUAUCAAUAGGGAUUAUAAGGGUAACUGGGAAGCACUUGGUGUUGACAGGGGGCAUUUAAACCCAAAUGCAAUCAAUUUCCAAGAUCAGGAAAGUCAGGUUGGCACAUUUACUUUAACGAAUGCUGCUCCACAGUUUUCUGCAUUCAAUCAAAUUGCAUGGGAGCAAUAUGAAUGUGUGACUAAAUACAUUGUCAUGAAGUACACCCCACUUCAGCGUGUUUACGUCGUUACUGGGACGAUGGGACAAGCAAAGGAUCCAGCUGGAAAUCUUUUAUGGAUGAAUGAUGGAAGGCUGGAUAAGAAAAACAGAGUAAAAGUUCCCGAGUACUAUUGGAAGGCAGUUUGCUAUCCUGGAAAUCCUUGGGACUCGACAAGUCCAUGGGCCUAUGCGAUCAUAGAUAAAAACAUAAAGGACGCUGGAAAUUCUAGUCCAGACAAUAUCAUGCCUGUAGAGAAAUUCUCAUCCAUGUAUUUUGAAGAUGACGUAUUCGCGGAACCUUGCUUGAGUGCAACGAUGGGGCCAAUUCAAAAUCUCUUCGACGACUGGACAAACCACGUAAACAGCAUUUGUCACGGCAGAAGAAGAUAAAUUUAAUACACAUAUAAAUACAAAUUGACUACCAAUCUCAUGUCUUAUCAACAUAUCAUAACAGCAUUGAACACACAUUUUAUUUUAUAGCAUUCGAAACAGUUUGAAUAUGGUGUUAAUUUGCAGAACCCAUUAAUUAGCAUAAUUUUAAAAUAGUAUAUAGUGAUUAUUUGCCAACUUUUUUUUCAUCUUUAAUGUCUUUAAUUCAGCUGCUGAUAUCUCAUUAAAUUACAAAUAGAUGUUACAUAA